GGAUAGAACCUGACCAUUUAUUUUGGGCAGAAAUACCGUAUUGCUUUGUAGUAUCUGAUAUGCUGGCUGGGUAGCACCCAACUGCUUAAUGCAGCCUCACACCAGAACACCAGCUGCUUCUUCCGCUCAGGAGCUAAAGCGUCCGAUUCAGAGAUUCAGACGUGUUUUUCCCAAUGACCCACGAAGCCCUGCAGCCGCGCUCACACCGCAGUCUGCUGCGAAGGCCACGCCUGGUCCCCCACCGAUGUUCGGCGGCUGCUAGCACGCAGAAAAGCAUCGCCCGGCAGCCAGCCCUCCUCCGCGCUGUCUGCAUCGGCAAUAACUUCCACGCCUGUGAAUGCAAAGUGGGAGCGGAAGGCCGGAGCCAGGCGAAAGGCGCUCAUGGCUGCCCUCGCCGCCGGGCCGGGUCACCUCUGGAGGCCCCACCGGCCCCCGCGGACACGAAAUGGCGCCUCGGCCCCGUGAGGCCUCCAGGCACCGGCCCCUCCGCGGCGCCGUCCACCGGCGGGGCAAGGCGAGCGGGCACGGCCCCGACGCCACCGCCACCGGGCCGGGCAGCGGAGCCUCGGCCCCCGCCCUGCCCCGGUAAGCCCACGGGAGCGCUGCGCAACACCGCCGCCCCGUGGCCGCUGCCGCCCGGCCGCCCUCCGCGGCCUCCUCGGCGGGGUAGGAGCCGCUGGCGCCUUCCCUCCCCACAGCCCCUUUUUUGCCGUUUUAUGCCCCCCAGUCGAAGGGGAACGCUGUCUGUCCUCCGGUUGGCGGAGGCGGUGGGAGCUCACAGGUGGUCUGAGGAAAGGAGGAGGGGGACAAGAGGACAGUGUAAAGGAGAGCAAGGAAGAGCAGAAAACUCGGAAUCCGGCAGUGACAUAGGGCACAGCAACGCCUUGUGCGUACCAGCCCAGCAGAAGCAGGGAUGUUGUCUUGCCACAUGAUUUGGCUGAGUGCAUCACCAGCAAGCUCCUUCGUAGGCUCUUUCCAAGAACUGGAGGCAAGGGGAAUCCACAACAUCGCAUUCAGUGUAAAUGGAAGGCACUGUUUUCUUUACAAGAAGUAAUCGACCUUUUUUUUUCCAGGUAAUCCUUUGUGUUUACAGUCUGUGGUGGAUGAUGCAUCAGCGGGCUGGUGGCAUCCUCAAUGACCUCUGAAAGCAGCAGAGUCUCAGAAACGGCAAAUGGGAAGAAAUUAUGAAGCUUUACCAAGAGACGGUGGAGUUCAGCAAUCUCUCUUGACCCUGAACUCCACUCUACUGAAGCUUCUGUCCAGCGCCUACAGCAAAGUACACAGCGUCUGGCCUCCAGGGAACAGACUCACUCCAUAUGCAAUUCUGAC